GUUGUAUAUCAACAACUAAACCGAAAUGCUGAAGGCUUUAGAAAGGUUAUUUCAACUAUUGCGGCCCAGGAUAUGCCAAUUCGCCCAAGACAACAAAAAUAUAUCGAAGCAUUUGUUUGAGAAAGCUAGGGCAGAGGAGAAUAUACAUUUCCUUAAGUUGCAAAGAGAGCAACUGAAGGCACUGAGAGAAAAGAUUCUUAGUCAGAAGAACGAAGUCACGACGAAGAUCAUAAAAGUGGAUAAGGAGAUACGAUCCCUGGAAGAUAAAAAGCCAGAACGCAAAACAGUGAAAUAAAACUCAUUAAAUUCGUAGUAAAGUCAAGGCACUUGAUAAUUCCAUCAUGAACCAAACUAUAUAAAGUGUGGUAGAAACCAAAA